AUGACCUGGAAUGAGACACGGGAGUUUUGUCGAAAACAUUACACAGACAUUGUAGUGAUUGAUAAUGAAAAUGUAAUUAAACAUUUACUAAAAAAAAAAUUGGAAAAUAGAUACUCAAGUCCUUACUACUGGAUUGGACUCAAAAAGAUCAAUGGCAAUUGGACGUGGGUUGCCAAUGGACAGAUCAUGAACUAUCAAAACUGGGCAGACAAUGAGCCCAACAAUGCUCAGUCUGUUGAAAACUGUGUGGAAAUGUACACCAACACAGCCAACAAUGGCAAGUGGAACGAUGACAGCUGCUUGAGAGAAAAGUAUCCUGUGUGUCACAAAGCACAAUGUCUAAACACUUCAUGCAGUAAUAAAGGGCUCUGCAAAGAACAAAUCGAUAACUUCACCUGUGUAUGUAAGCCAGGUUUCUCUGGGCCACGGUGUGAAACAGUGGAGUGUUUUCCCCUUCUUUUGUUUGGUGGUGGAAUGAUGAACUGCACUGAAGGACAUGCCAGCUUCAGAUCUGCCUGUAGAGUACAGUGUCCACCUGGACGUUUGCUUCUGGGCUUUACUGAGUUCACCUGCAGAGCUGAUGGCAUGUGGGAGUCUUCCUUUCCAUUGAUGUGUGCAAGUCUUGUCCAUUUUCAAAUCGCUCUUUUGGCAUCUGUUGUCAUCUCAGUGUUUUGUUGCUGUAUUUGUUGCUCCAACUGCAGAAAGAAUAAAAUGGCAGUGAGAAUGAGAACUCAACAGGAAAUGCUGAAUCCAGCAUUUGAAGCUGAACACACACCACCUGAUGGACCUCUAUGUUCAGCAUAAAGAAGUCUGACAAUAACUGGAUUGAUGUUAGAUUUUUUUUAAUUGUCAAAUCAUCUUCAGUUCAUUCUUAUUUUUAAUACUUUGUAUGUGAAAAAACAAAAUAAAGUCAAUUAUCCCAU